CAAUUUUAAAGUGAGUGAUAGGAAAAAUGAGAAAGAAGUAAAGACUGAGACUUAAAGAAUUACUGAUGUCAUGGACAAUUUCUAGCAGUGGUAAACUGAAAAGGACAGAUCCAGUGUGUUGAAGGACUGAGAUAGAAAUAUGAAGCAAAAUUCACAGAGUUUCCCCGGAAUGUCACGGCCACUGAAGGGCAGAACGUGGAGAUGUCUUGUGCUUUCCAAAGUGGCUCUACUUCGGUGUACCUUGAAAUCCAGUGGUGGUUUCUGCGGGCAGCUGAGGACCAAGAGGCUGGAGCUGAAGUGACAGGCACUCAGCAGGUGGAGCUCCUGCCCGAGCGGGACCUGGACAGCGACGGCACGAAGAUCAGCACAGUGAAAGUACAAGGGAAUGACAUCUCCCACAAGCUGCAGAUUUCAAAAGUGAGGAAAAAGGAUGAAGGCUUGUAUGAGUGCAGGGUGACCGAUGCCAACUAUGGAGACCUGCAGGAAUACAAGGCCCAGGCAUUUCUCAAAGUCAAUGCUAACAGCCACUCUCGGCGAAUGCAAGCCUUUGAGGCGUCCCCAAUGUGGUUGCAAGACAUGAAACCUCGUAAAAACAUCUCAGCAGCAGUCCCAAGUAGCAUCCACAAUUCUGCCAAUCAGCGCGUACGUGCCACCUCCAGCCCCGAAGCAGCAGCCAAAAUCCCCAAACAAAGUCCACAAUCAGCAAAGAGCAAAUCGCCUGUAAAAUCCACGGAGCGGACAGCAAAGUUGACCCUAACCUCCAACCACCACUCUGCACCCAAUGUACUCUAAAUCUCUACACAAGGAGCACCUUCUUCAGGAAGUACAAACAAAAUUGCUAAAUAAAUAAAAUAAAAUAAAAUAAAAUAAGUAUAAAAAAUAAGAGGAUCCCACAUGUUUUCUUGAUAUAUCUUAUUUUCUUUGGCGUAUCACUGAUAUUUUAUUUGAAGAGAACUGGUGUGAUGUAAUCAAGCGUUUUGUAACAGCAAGACCUAGUUUCCUUUACUUUCGGCAAGGAGAAGCCUCAUCCUUGACUUCUCAGGGGUUGGCCUGCAAGUCCUCAGUAUUACAGAAUUAACCAUGGAUGACAUUUGUUUUCCUACGCUGAAAGAACCUUUCCAGCCUGGAAGCAAAAAGAGGCCAAAUAAGGAAACAAACCAUAGGGAUUUAACAUAAAUAGA